AACUUGUCAGUCAACUCAUGCCAGCACUCUCCACGUCUGCCUCUUCUACACACCCUCAUUACAUGUGUCUGUCUGGACUGAUCUGUUCAUCUGUUCAGGGACUCUCCCGACAAGUCAAAAAUUCUGCCUUCUCUCCGCUCUGGAAUUGGAUCAAAUCACCUCAGCAUUUUUUGUAGCCCCAUCAGGAGGCUUUUGUUUAUGGUCUCAUUCGGUUUUCCUUCACUACUUGUCUGUUUCUGAUUUCCAGAAUGGAGGAAGCUGAAUUGCUGAAGGAAAGAUUCCAGGCCAUAACAGACAAAAGAAAACUGCAAGAAGAAAUUACACAGAAACGUCGAAAAAUAGAAGAGGAAAAACUGAAACACCAGCAUUUAAAAAAAAAGGCCUUGCGAGAAAAAUGGCUUUUGGAUGGCCUUAGUUCUCUCACUCCAAAAGAGCAAGAAGAAAUGCAAAAGCAGAAUCGAGAGGACCAACAACGAACUCAUGAGCUGGAACAAGACAUCUUCAGACUGGAGAAGGAAAUUGAGGCCCUUGAAAAAGAGGAAAUGAAAGUCUCAGCUAAGGAAGAAUCUAUUUUGAAGAAACUUAAGUCAGUUGAGAAAACAACAGAAGACAUAAUAAAGUCAGUGAAGACUGAAAAAGCAGGAGCUGAAGAAGAGGCAGCAGACUACAUAUAUGCCAGCAUACCUGACCUUCCCAAGUAUUUCAGACCUUCUGCACUGAAGAGGGCAGGACAUACUGUCACUGAUGAUGAAGAAAAGAGAAAAGCAUUGUUUGCAAUGGAAAUUAAAGUUGAAAAAGACAUGAAGACAGGAGAAAACACAGUGUUGUCAACAAUACCUCUUCCCUCAAAUGAGUUUAAAGAGACAGGUAUUAAAGUCUAUGAUGAUGGUAGGAAGUCAGUCUAUGCAGUGUCCUCAAAUGGCAGCACAACACAAAAUGGGAUGGAUGAACUUGCUCCUGUUGAGGUGGAGGACCUUCUAAGGCAGGCAACUGAAAAAAAUUCCCAGUCUCCCACAGAGUACCACGAGCCUGUGUUUGCAAACAAGUUUUGCAGACCAGUUACUCCUCAGAAAGAGGAAUUAGUCCCCGGACUAAAACUGGAAGACACACACAGAAGAGAGAUGAAUGGACUCAGUCAGGCAGAAUUCUCUCCCAAGGGAGAACACUUCAUGCAGCAACAUAAAGAGAACGGGCUUGGUCUUCCAAAGCCAACACCAAAGUCUCCCUCUCCAGAACUUUCACAUUCAGAGAAGAAACAACACACUAAUCCUGAGAACAGGAUGAUAUAUAACGAAAAAAGAAAAGCUGCACAUGAGGAAUUAAAACCUUAUCAGAAUACAACAGAAAGACAUAAUGAGACAAGGUUUUUACGCUCCUACCAUCAUAAUGAAACAUCCCCUGCACCUCAAGAUGAGGAAGAUGUUCAGUACAGGAUUGUCCAAGCUGUACCAUGCUACGUGGAUGACUCAGAACCAGUUACAAUGAUUUUCAUGGGUUAUCAGCGCGUUGAUGACGAUGAUGCAGAAGCAGAUCAAAAGUUGUCAAGAUACGACGGGGUUAUCCGCGCAGAAUUAGUUAUUAUUGAUGACGACGAUGAUGACAACAGCAAAUCUGAGAAACCAUCAUAUCAUCCCAUAGGCCACUAUAGUCAGGUUUAUCAGCCACCAAGCAGAAAAACCACAGAAGUGCCACAGAUGAACCCGGUGAGAAGCCUGGGCUCAAGCCUGAACAAGGCACCCCACAAGAACUCCAUCUCCCUACAAGAACAAGAGGAACGCUUAAGCUCACCUACGCACCACAUUCAUCUUCAGAGUCAGGUAUCUGGAGACGGCACUGAAGAUCCCUCAUUAACAGCUCUAAGGAUGAGAAUGGCAAAGCUGGGGAAAAAGGUGAUUUAACAGCUGUAAGAUGGAAGUAAAUUUCACUACACAAAGCAGAAUAAAGCUAUGAAGAUCUUCUUCAACAUACCUUCUGGAUCUUAAUGCUUAAUGUUUUGUUCUUCUGUUUUAUGCAUCUGGGUAAUUUUCCCCAUUGCAUAACCCAGUGGACUCUAAUAGACUUUUAUAUUUGGCCAGCUGCCACACACAAAUCAAAUCUUCUCUUUUGAAGGUAGCAGAAAGUUACCCAAGACGGUAAAUGUAGUGUAUAUCCAAGUGUGGAGAUGUGGGGACAGGUCUGCACAAUCAGGAAUACGUUGUUGCCAUACACAGAGCAGAUAAACAUCCCUCUCCAGGAACUUCACAGCAUAUCCUUUCAGUUUUAAGCACACCUACUUUGACUUUUGACUGAAAAUGUUUCAAUCAUUUUUAAAAAAAAAAGUUAUUUAAAAAACCAAGCAUAAGAGAGAGUAGCAG